AAAUCUUGAAUCGAGUUCUUGAAUGCUGAUUGCCCAAAGCGCAGCGCUUUCGUUCGUUCGUUCAUCAUCGUCAUCGUUAAACAACUGUAGAUUAGCCCGUAUUAAUCUAUUCUCGUCACCCCAACCAAUGAUCCCAAUUCCCAUCUGCGCUCUCAGCUAUUAACUUCCCUAUCCUAAAAUCUUUAUGGGCUGCUAACGCUAAACCCCUACUGACGGAGUGUUCGUUCAUCUCCUCCUUUUGCUCAAGGAAAUGGCUACCGUUUCACCCACUUGGCAUUAUCAAGAUGGAGCGUUGCGACAUAUGGUUUCUGUGGAUUGUGUCGUCCCCAAUAAGUUCUUCGCUAAUUAUACGAAGGUGUCAUUUGCAGGUCAAUUUCCAUUGCCUAUAACGAAGUUUACAGUGGGCAGCAGGACCUUGCAUAAAAGGAUUCCUUUGCCUCUCGUUAUAAAGUGCGAGAAAAAAGAUAAGGAGAACUCCUACGAACAGGUAUCGGUUGAGCGUUAUCCAUACCAUGUCUAUUAUGACUCCACAUCUGGACAACUUGAGCCGGCUUCUGGUGCUCGUGCAAGCAUUCCAAGUGAAGAGUACUGGCCAGAAGGUACAUCCAAUCUGGUGAGGGCAGCUAGGGCUCCUGAACCAACUGGUAUGUCAACAGGAAAGCCAUCUUUUGGGAAAAAUCCUGGAAGUAGGAGGAAGUACAAGCCUAAGGCUGCUGCGUCUGGUUCUUCUGAGAUGAAUGUGGUUGAGAAUGAUCCAGUGCAAGCGGAAUCUCCAGAUGAAUCAUCUGAUGAAGCUAAAGAUCACUUAUCUGAGUAUGUUGUUUAUCAGACUGAAACUGGGGAAGAAGAGUUGACGGGCUAUGAAUUGGACAAAGCUAUUGGAAAUCCUCAUCCCUUUGUUGAUCCAAAAACUAAGAAACCAAUGGACGAGCCACUUACGAGUGAAGAACUGUGGUGGAACUGGAGAAAACCUGCACAAGAACAAUGGUCUAGAUGGCAAAGGAGACGGCCAGAUGUUGAGACAGUAUUUCUCAAUGCUAUGGCGAAGACAGGGCAGAUAAAGCUUUACGGUGACCAACCUACACAGACAGAGUGUGCGCUCUAUAGAGCUCGGAGACAAAUUUAUAAAGACGAGAGGCUUCAGUUAGAACAAGAAAAACUUGAGGAAAUAGGACCCAUUGCAUACUACUCGGAAUGGGUUAAAGCUUGGAAAAGAGACACUUCACGGGAAGCAAUACAAAAGCACUUUGAAGAGACAGGUGAAGAUGAGAACGCCCAACUAAUUGAGAUGUUCACGUAUCAAACUGAUCGAGAAUACCGUAUCAUGAUGGGCACGGAUAUCCGUAUUUGUAGGGAUCCCCUUGCAAUGAGAAUGCCGGAGGAUGAAAUAAAGCAAAUAUGGGGUGGAGAUCCUGUUUAUCCAACAGUGAACUAUAUCCAGGAUCCAAAUGAAGUGAUUGAUUUCAGGGGUCCUGAUUUUCAUGAACCAACCCCAAACAUGCUUGAUUAUCUUAAAGAGCAUGGGAAAAUAAUAUCAAGAGAGGAGUUGGAGAAAACUCUGGCCAAAGAGAAGAAUGAGGAACUUGAGAUGACAGAUAUGGAUGAAGCUAUGGCACGAGCUGUUGACAUCGGAGAAAAUGAUGAUGAAGGAGAGGACAGUGAAGCUGAUGGCGACGAGGAAGAGGAUGGGAAAAUCCGACGAAAUUGGAGUGCUUUUAAAAGCAAUCGUGCACUACCCAACAAGUCAAAGAACAAACCUACAAAGAAUGGCAUGACUUUGGAUGAAGCUAUAGAUGAUUCGGAGAACUUAACAGACUUUCUUAUGGACUUUGAUGAUCAGGAAGAGUAAUUGCCACACCACAAGUUGAGUUUAUUAUUGGGCUAAUGAAGGAAGGGUUGAUUAAAUGAUCAUUUUUGCUGCUUGCUUGUUGGAGACAUGAUACAGAAUUUCUCAGUGAACGAAAGAGUCGAUCAUUUGUAACCAAAACAUGAUUCUGAAAAGCGUCAGGUGGAUCUAUUUUAUUCUUGUUUGGUUCCUCAUCUAUUAUUACACAUUACUACUUACUAUGCAUUUAUGUAUGUACUGCAAAUUCAGACAAAAACAUGGGUCAUAAACCACACUUUUAAUCAGUGAGGUAUGCCCACCAUCGCUAAUCAUUAUUUGUAUUUCUAGUUGGGCUAA